GCGUACGUCAUUUCGUCGAGCUUCCGCCAGCUUUGCUGCGUUUCUCCGGGUGGGGGGAAGGGGAGACUAUUACUUCGGUGUUUGAGAUCAUGGAGCCAGACUCUGUCAUAGAGGAUAAAACAAUUGAGCUUAUGUGUUCUGUGCCAAGGUCUUUGUGGCUAGGCUGCUCCAACCUGGUAGAGAGCAUGUGCGCACUGAGAUGCCUGCAGAGCAUGCCCAGUGUCAGAUGUCUCCAGACUACUUCUGUUAUGGAUGAUCAGAAUGAAGAUGAAUCUCCAAAGAAAAACACCUUAUGGCAGAUAACCAAUGGGACAUCAUCAGUGAUUGUAUCCAGAAAGCGCACAUCUGAUGGAAAUUAUGAGAAAGAGAAGGACUUGUGUAUAAAAAUUUUUGAUCAGUGGUCUGAAUCGGAUCAGGUGGAGUUUGUGGAACAUCUUAUUUCUCGAAUGUGUCACUACCAGCAUGGACAUAUUAAUUCUUACUUGAAGCCCAUGUUACAACGAGACUUCAUUACAGCAUUGCCAGAACAGGGAUUGGAGCAUAUUGCAGAAAAUAUACUGUCCUACUUGGAUGCUCGAUCGCUCUGUGCAGCAGAACUUGUAUGUAAAGAAUGGCAAAGAGUUAUUUCAGAAGGCAUGCUGUGGAAAAAACUUAUUGAGAGAAUGGUCCGUACAGAUCUGUUGUGGAAGGGUCUAUCAGAAAGAAGAGGAUGGGAUCAAUAUCUUUUUAAGAACAGACCUACUGAUGGACCACCCAACUCAUUUUACAGAUCACUUUAUCCCAAAAUUAUUGAAGAUAUUGAGACAAUAGAAGCCAACUGGAGAUGUGGAAGACAUAAUCUUCAGAGAAUUCAGUGCCGUUCUGAAAACAGUAAAGGGGUUUACUGUCUUCAGUAUGAUGAUGAGAAGAUAAUCAGUGGACUACGGGAUAACUCCAUUAAGAUAUGGGACAAAACAACCUUGGAGUGUCUGAAAAUCCUAACCGGACAUACAGGGUCAGUCCUUUGUUUACAGUACGACGAAAGGGUCAUAGUUACAGGUUCUUCAGACUCUACUGUCAGAGUCUGGGAUGUUAAUAGUGGAGAGGUGCUAAACACACUCAUUCAUCACAAUGAAGCAGUACUUCAUCUUCGGUUCUGCAAUGGUUUAAUGGUUACCUGUUCAAAGGACAGAUCUAUUGCUGUCUGGGAUAUGGCAUCUCCCACAGAUAUCACACUAAGGCGUGUUCUAGUUGGUCAUCGUGCAGCUGUUAACGUUGUUGACUUUGAUGACAAAUAUAUUGUUUCAGCUUCUGGUGAUAGGACAAUUAAGGUUUGGAGCACUAGUACUUGUGAGUUUGUUCGCACACUAAAUGGGCACAAACGUGGCAUUGCUUGUCUACAGUACCGGGAUCGUUUAGUUGUGAGCGGCUCUUCAGAUAAUACCAUCAGAUUAUGGGAUAUAGAGUGUGGAGCAUGUUUACGGGUCUUAGAAGGCCAUGAAGAACUUGUCCGCUGUAUAAGAUUUGAUAACAAGAGGAUUGUCAGCGGAGCAUAUGAUGGAAAAAUAAAGGUUUGGGAUCUACAAGCUGCCUUGGAUCCACGAGCACCUGCCAGCACCUUAUGUUUGCGUACUUUGGUGGAACAUUCGGGACGUGUGUUUCGGCUGCAGUUUGAUGAAUUCCAAAUUAUUAGCAGCUCCCAUGAUGACACCAUUUUGAUCUGGGAUUUUUUGAAUGUUCCUACAAAUGCUCCGAAUGAAACUCGCUCUCCAUCUAGGACAUAUACCUACAUCUCCAGAUAGCAUCAUGCACUUUUAAUUCCUGACCAGGGAUUAGCUAUACUGAACUACUGUACUGGAUGUGGAUACUGCAAGAAGCUCAUGUACUAGUAAUUGUUGGAAAUUGUUACUGGUGCCACUUACUAGUAUAUUGUAAAAUAUAUUGUCUCUCGUUCUUAUUACUAUGAAGUUACAAGCCACUUCAAAAGUGAAUCCAAAACAGAAAAUGCUAAUUUUAUAUAAGAACUGAACAUUUGCUUGAGGGAUUAGUUAUCAAAGGACCCAACCUCAUUUGUUUUGCACUUAGUGACUUUGAAAGAGGGUGUUUCCCAAUAGUUUUUGGGUGCCAAAUAUAAUCAAAUGUUCUUUGUGCUUAAUUAUUUUAUUUUUUUUCAAACUUGAACACAGUGAAUACUUUGUGUGUAUAUGUUUGGAAAUAUAACUGUAUAUGCCAGUUGUUGCUUUGUUGGAGUACUUUUUGACUCAUGUACAUCUAUCAGUGUGUUUUAUUGAUGACUGCCACUUACAUGAUGAUUGCUUUUCUUACAUGUUUUUCAUGAGAUCAACACAACCAAGCUUAAAGAAUUAGCCAUGCAACACUAUCAAAUAAAAGGUUACAGUUGCUAUAUUGUAACUCAGAACUCUAACUUUGUAUUCCAAAAGGUGGACCAGUUAUAUUAAAUGGAAACAUAAGUCAACAAAUGUUUUAUAUAAAUGUCUCAAUUGUUACAUUGCUAUGGUUUCCUCCUUCAUGUUUGAUAUUCAGUGCCCUUAUCAAAUAUGUCUAAUCUAUAGCACAAAUAAAUACCUACAUAUGCAUAUU